GGACCUGGGAACUCCAAGAUGGACUUAAGCAAUGUAUGGGCUCUCCAGAGGCAUCUCCCACACCCAACAUUUUAAUUCAUCUUGUGCUCUUCAGACAUUUGACCGAGCAUGGAAGUGCAGGCGGAAUCACCAGCAAAUAAGGAAAUAGGACCAGAAGGAUAGAGAUUACUAGAUUAGCAACAUUGAUUCAUGGUGGCAGCUUGCAUAAUACCAAACAUGGAUGGGCAAUCAGGGAAAACGAUGCAGAGCCUGCCUGAUACACUGUCAUCCCUCAUGGGGUUCAACAAGUACCUCACACCCAGUUGGAUUGAAUCAAUGUCGCAUAUAAUCAAGGAGCUGUCACCAACCAAACCAAAGAUGAAAGUAAUGGUCCAGAAGGCCCAAAAUAUUGACACUGAUGAUACAGGAUCAGACGCUAAAGUUGCAAAGAUUCAAGAUGAACUGGUUUCGCUGAAUGCUCAACUAAAGCAGAUAACAUUGCAGAGGAGACAGUCAUUAAAUAAUUAUUUGGAUUUGAAAGGAAGUAUUAGGGUGUUCUGUCGUGUAAGACCUUUUCACCAUGAAGAGAGUGACCGAUCCAAAACUUUGUUGACCCUGGAUGAGAGUAAUGUUUUCCUAAAAGUUGCUGAAACCAAGAUAAAGCAAUAUAAGUUUGAUAAGGUUUUUAACCAAUGCUCAACACAAGGUGAUGUAUUUUCUGAAGUCGAACCAGUGAUAAAAUCUGCUUUAGAUGGAUAUAACGUUUGCAUAUUCGCCUAUGGUCAGACAGGUAGUGGAAAAACUUAUACCAUGGAAGGAAAGCCUACAGAUCUAGGUGUCAUACCACGUGGGAUUCAAGCACUGUUCGAUCGAGCUUCAGAGAGCAACAGUAGGUUUCUGUUCACUUUCAGUAUGCUUGAGAUAUAUAUGGGAAACCUGCAAGACCUGCUAGUUCCAGGAAGCAAGACACAUGGUUUUAAGAAAGUGCCAAGCCUUUCCAUCAAAACGGAUCCUGAUGGUGGCAUCGAGAUUGAAAACCUAGUGGCAGUUACUGUCAAUAGUUUUCAAGAAGUGAAAAGACUAUAUGAAGUGGGGACCCGCCUUAGAUCAACAGCUUCCACUAUGGCUAAUUCUACGUCAAGCAGAUCUCACUGUUUGAUUCGUAUUUCAUUGACCUCCUUCAACGCACCUGAGAGAAAAAAAGCAAGAAACAAAUUAUGGAUGAUUGAUCUAGGUGGAAGUGAAAGACUUGUAAAGACAAAAGCAACUGGGAAAAGGCUCAAGGAAGGCAAAGCCAUAAAUUUGUCACUGUCAGCCCUAGGGGAUGUGAUUGAUGCACUACAAACCAAAAAAGCCCACGUCCCUUACAGGAAUAGCAAGCUUACACAAGUUCUUAGAGAUUCUCUAGGAUGUGAGUCCAAAACAUUGAUGCUUGUCCAUAUCAGACCAAAUGAGGAUGAUUUAUGUGAGACAAUUUGUACCUUGGGUUUUGCAACAAGAGUUAGAAGUAUUCGCUUGGAAAGUGAAGAACCAUCUGAAGAAAAAACAAGAAAGGAACAUUUACUGAUGGAGUUAGAAUGGGAGAUCAGUGAUUUAGAACAAGAAUGUGAAGAUAUUACUAGAAAGAUUAAGAGGCUCGAGGAGACAAUGGAGCAUUUGAAAGGACCUCAGCCAUCUGUUAGCACAAAUUUUGCCAUUUCACACCCACCCAGUGAAGAACUGAAAGCUGACGUGUCAAAGAAUACAAGGAAUUCGAAGAAUAACAGAGAUGUUUCUUCUAGGUUACCUAGGUUUAUGAAGCCAACAGCUUCUAGCCAGCACAGGAUAGGCUUAAAUAAACACAUUCCUUUUAGUAACAGGACAAAACCACCAGUGCCACCAAAGAGAAGGCCUUCCUCAGUUUACGCUGAGUCUGUAAGGCUGCCAGUAAAUGCUACCACUUGGCAGUCAGAAUGCAGCUCUGAAUGCAGUAUCUCCAUGACAAGUGACAUGAAUUGGAUACCAAGCACACAAGAUGGAACAGAAUGCAGCCAGGAUACAUCAGAGAACGAGAGCAAACAGGUGAUUUUCUCAGAACAUGAGAAACCGUCGCAGGGUCAAGUGAUUUCGUUCACAGAAUGUCAACUGGCAGAAUCAGGGAAGAUACAGAAUAAAACUGAGGAAAUGGGCAUUAUAGACAUUGACAAUUGGAUCCAUCAACAAAUCAUUGAGAACACCGGCAUAUGUCAAAGUAAAAGGGUGCUAGAUAUUCCUGAAGCAACUGAAUAUGAAACUUACAAUUCUAGUACUGCUUCACCGGUUCAGAUGGAAUGGACUAAAGGUUCUAAACAGGCACAGGAUAAAGGCAGCGACUUGAACCUUCGUCCGCCCACACAAAAUGUAGAAGAUACCAAACAAGCCAAGGAUGUUAAUCAAUUCACAACAACAGAAUUAUGCACUCCUCCGUCAAAAGAGCUUUGCAGCUACAACGAAACGAAGGAACAUAAAAAUGAAAGGCUUGCAUAUCAUGGAAAUUCCAGAAGAUCGCUACGGGAAAAGCUGGACGAUUGCAUACCAGAGCAGCCAGACAAGGAAUCAAAAGCUGAUCCAAGCAUACAACCUGAAAUCAGGUUCCAGGAUGAAGAAUACUGUAUAGGUAAGUUGACAAAGUUCUUUCGAGCUCUUCGAACAGCAUGGGUCGGUGCUCUUCUUGGAUUGGGCACUAUGAGCCUUGGAUUAGAGCAAGACUUCUUCCAAAGCUUGAUGCUCUAACUCAGAAUCUCAUAAUUUUAAGAGGAUUCUUGAGGUAGUACACAAUUUUAAGAGUAACUACUUCAGGAAAGCAAUGUGCUUGGUGUAUAUGCUACAAUAAAAUUUACAAUGCCAAUUUGCCACAAUGGUAGUAUAAAACUUUUAUUAUCAUUAUUGUUUUCUCAUCA